CUAUUAUAAAUUAUAAUAUCAAGAUUUAUAAAGACGGAUAUUAUUAUAUCGUUCUGUGAUAUUGUGAAUGUUUCCUUUGCAGUUUGCAGCAUUAAGACUUUACAGUUUAGGAGUAUCCAUCCGCUUAGUGUUAUGUAUUUUCUAUAAUUUUGAGUUUAUUAUUUUUAUUUAUUAAUUUAUUGUUUUUUUUCUUUUAAGUUAAUACUUAUAUUUACAAUAUAUUCAAUUAAUAAUAAUUUAUCAUUAUAGAUUAACUCUACCAAAUAAUAAAAUAUGAAUUUUAAUGAUAUGCAUGCUUUAGCUAAACGUAUAGAUACUCAGGUAAAAUCAUUGGAGGCAAAAGUAGCUCAUCCUAUGAGUAUGAUGUAUUCUAAUAAUUCUAGUCAAGGUGUCAAAGUACUAUCAAUGUUGAAAGAUAUGAUCAAAGAUGUGGAAAAUAAAAAGAAAGAAAUUGAGAAUUUGAUACUAGAAGAAAAUUCAACAUGGUCUGGAAUGGUAGAAGAUUACAACUCUGUUGCUAAAUUUAAAUCAGAAGUUGUUGCUAAUUUGAAUGACUAUGAAAAUAUGUGGUCAUCAAACUAUCCUGAUUAUAAACCAUUUAUAUCAUACAGUCAUUCUGAUUCAGUAAAUGAAGAAUUAGAUUCUCUCAAUGAACUUAAUAUUCAUGACGAUAGACAAAUAGCAGAUCAAUCUUUAAAUGAUAGUCUCAACAAUGUCAAUAUCACAAUGUCUUAAUGUUUUUAUUGUAUGCAGAGGAUGUUGGUUGGUAAAAAACAAAAUAUUUUGAACAGUACCUAUACUUCAAAUUUUAAAAGUAUAUAUUAUUACCUAUGUAUUGUGCGUUAACUAUUUUACAAUUUUUUUUUUGUAUCUUGUGAAUAUUUUAAAUAAAUAGUUAAGUAAAGCCAUUUUA